AUGACGACCGAGCUCUGCCGCUGUUGCCAUGGCAACCUGAUACGACAGCAUCUUCUUCCAAGAUGGCGGCGCACGAACGUUCCUUUUAUGGAGACUGCAGUGCUUUAUUCUGAAGGGUUGCUGGGGGCGGGGCUUAGGGCCCCCCCACCAGUAACACGUGACUCGGUACGAGGAAAACAUGCAUCCUACUCUUCAUCGCCAUCAUCAUCCUCGACAGAGGACCACACGCAUGAUGGACGCGUGGCUGCCGCUUCAUCAUCUUCCUCUUCCUCUCCCGCGCUGAAGCCGCCGGAGGCUCGGCGUCGGGCACGUGCACUAGUAAGCGUGACAAAGAUGGUGUACACGUCCACCAACACGUUGGCCAUGGAGGGCUCGCUCUUCGCUCCGGCCUUUUCCUACCCCGUGUCCUUCAACUACUCAGCGAGGGAAAACUCCACGGUCCAGGCGAGCUUGGCCACGCCCACCAACGUGACCUCAUCGCCGAGCCUAUCACAGGAGGAGGAUCUGACGUCGGGCGAGGUGGCGGCCCUGGCACUGGCAUUCGGGGUGGUGUGGCUGGUGUCUGUCUUGGGGAACGCACUGGUGUGCGUGGUGAUCCACCGCAGCCGCCGCACGCAGUCCACCACCAACUACUUCGUGGUGGCCAUCGCCUGCGCCGACCUGCUCAUGAGCGUGGGCGGCGCCCCCCUGGUGCUGGUCCAGGUGGCGUGGGGCGGCUGGCCGAUGAGUGCAGCGGCGUGCAAGACGGUGCGCUUUGUGCAGCACCUGUGUCCUGGCGUGCAGGUGUACGUGCUGCUGUCCAUCUCGGUGGACCGCUUCUACACCAUUGUAUACCCGCUCAGCUUCAAGGUGUCCCGCGAGAAGGCCAAGAAGAUGAUCCUGGCCUCGUGGCUCUUUGACGUCGCCUUUGUGGCGCCGUGUAUCUUCUUCUACGGAUCCACGACACCCGGCAGCCGCCACUGCCACUUCUUCCUCCCGCACAGCUGGGGUGCCGUGGCCUACGCCGCCGUGCACCUGCUCUUCGGCUUUGCGCUCCCGGCGGGCCUGAUCGCAUCCUUCUACCAGCGUGUGGUCCGCUACAUCUGGAGGAUCGGUGCCGACGGCCACACGGUACGGCGGACCACCAACGCGGUCCCACGGACCAAGGUGAAGACCAUCAAGAUGUUCCUCAUGCUCAACUGGGUCUUCUUUGUCACGUGGACGCCUUUCUAUGUGGCCCAGUUGUGGCACCCCAGGGAGACUGAGGGCGGCGGUCGGCGGGGGCUGCUCUUCUUUGCCGCCGUGGCAUGGAUCUCCUUUAGCUCAGCUGCAUCCAAGCCCACCUUGUACUCAGUCUACAACGCCAACUUCAGGCGGGGCAUGAGGGAGACCUUCUGCAUGUCCUCCAUGAAAUGUUACCGUAGCAACGCCUACACCAUCACGGCCAGCUCGCGCCUGUCCAAGAAGAACUACGUGGGUGUGGUCGACAUCCCUGUGCACACCAAGUACCACUUUGACCCCAAAGACAAAAAGGUGGCAUGGACCGCCAACGGCAACCCCCACAACACCUUUGUCUGA